AUGGAUUCUGUCACGAACGAUUCCCAGAAUGAAUAUCACAGAUUUGUACCAGCAAGAGACUGGGCUCAAUCCAACGGCCUCGACGUCAGCGACCCCUACACGUACUCCCAGAAGAUCGUCACCAGCGAUCUUUUCCAGCCGAUAUGGAAGACAUGGAAGGCGAAUCUAGACGCUCCUUUCUACGGCGUCACGAACAACGGUGUGAAAAGAAAAGACCUCUAUGCCUUGCAAGACGAGGGCGCACCGACGGAGAACAUGGUCGCAGCUGCGCGUAAUAUAGUGGACGCACUCAGCCCGGAGGAGAAAACGUUAGCCCUUCGCCCCGUGGACUCUGAUGACUGCAGAAAAUGGAGUAAUCCAGAACUCGUCAUAUUCCAGUGUGGUGUCCGCCUGGAGAAAUUGUCGUCAGCAAAAGUUGAGCUUAUCAUGGAGCUCUUGAGGCAAUCCCUAAGCGAAGCUGGCUUUUCCAAACUGCGUGGAGCAAUGAAGAUCAAUAAGUUCUUGGGUGAAAUCUGUGGCUGCCAAGCCAUCCUGAACGAAUACAGUUACUGGUUCACUUUGUUUGGGGAACCGUCAGUGACACAGCCUUGGGGAUACAUGUUCUUUGGCCAUCACGUAUGCAUUAACGUAUCCGUUUUGAGAGGCCAGAUGGUUAUUGGACCAGUCUUUAUCGGCGCUGAGCCUUUUAUCAUCGACGAUGGCCCGGACAAGGGUGUCCAGAUCUGUGCAAGGGAAGGGGAAUUGGGCUUGAGUUUGAUGCGGUCACUGGCACCUGAGCUUCAGCAGAAGGCGCAAACAUAUGCGCGAAUGCACGACCAGGCUAUGCCAGAGGAUCGUUGGAAUCCCGCCGACCAGAGGCAUCUCGCUGGUGCUUUCCAAGAUAACCGCGUGAUAGCAUACGAGGGAGUGCUUAUGUCGGAUACGACUCCCGAGCAGCAGGAGCUUCUCAUGUCCAUGGUUGCGGAAUUCCUCAUCCUCCUGCCUCCUCAGCCCUUGGAAGCGCGUCUGAAUCAUAUCCGAUCGUGGGCAUCCGAAACAUACUUUUCGUGGAUUGGGGGCUACGGCUUAGACGACCCCUUUUAUUAUCGCAUCCAGAGCCCGGUUCUCAUCUUGGAGUUUGACCACCACUCCGGCGUGUUCCUUACUAACAAGGAGCCUGCCAAAUACCACAUCCACACAACGCAGAGACUACCAAAUGGGAAUGACUACGGGAGGGAGUUGAAGCGACUGGCGAGAUCGAUGGGUGUGCUCAAGGAGUAG